GAAUGUCAGUCACAAUACAAUUGGAAAGAGGAAGCACUUAUUGAUGCCUGGUGUGUAUUGUUCAUAAGUAAUAUGGGUGUUAAAAAUCAGUGUUAUGCCACUCUUAUAGUGUGCUAUCUGUGCUUAACAACUGGUUCAAUGUUCACAUGGCCGUCGUCAGUAAUAGAAGUCUUCGGUUCUCCGAACACGACACUAAACAGAGUCAUGACAGACACAGAGAUAUCACUCCUUGGAAGUCUCUCAUCUGUCAGCGCGCUGAUCACUCUGCCAUUUUCAGGAUUUUUCUUGGAUACUUUUGGACGAAAAUAUACUUGUAUUGGAUUAUCGAUAUUGCAAGUUAUUGGCUGGACUAUAGUUAUAAGUUUCAACUAUGUGGAGACAAUACUUGCGGCGAUGUUCAUAUCAGGUCUCAGCUUCUGUAUCUACCUCGUGGUCCCCAUGUACACCGGGGAAUUUUGCCAAAACUCCAUCAGAGGAACGACCACAUCUAGUGUCGUGAUGUUUUUCGUCAUAGGCUGGCUGGUAUCUUACAUCCUGGGAGGAUAUCUGGAGUACCAUAUGAUGAAUUAUGUCAGUCUUAUCAUGUCGAUACUAUGUACGCUUCUAUUAUUUUACAUGAGGGAAUCGCCGCUGUAUUUGAUGAAGAAUGGAUUAGAGCAGGAGGCUGCAGCAACAAUUGCAUAUUAUCGAAAUGAGAAUGUAAGCUCUAAAGAGGUUCAACAGGAGAUGGAGAAUAUACGAAGAGCACUUAAUCCAGAACUAGAUGGUACUACAUCAGAGACAGAAAAGUUGAACCCGAGUUCGAACAGAGAAAAGUUAUCAACAUGGGAGUUUCUUAAGAAAUCUCGUUCUACCCGCCGUGGUCUACUUCUAUCUUUGGUGCUGUACUCCGCAUCAGUAUUCCAAGGUCAGGUCGUAGUGCAAAUGUACGCAGAGCCACUGUAUUCCGAAGCCAUACCAAACAUAUCACCGACUGUCUGCAGCAUCAUAUUCGCCGUGGUGAAUAUUUUCGCAGCAAUCGUUGUGAUCUUCCUCGUAGAUAGAGCGGGAAGAAGGCCCCUAAUGAUCUACUCGUCGGUAUGCACGGCAGCGUUCGCCCUGGCUCUGGGCUCCCAGAUUCAGUUCCACUGGGGACCACACUGGGUGACUGCAGUGUUCAUGUAUCUGUUCUGCAUCACAUAUAGCACCGGAGCGGGCUCUAUACCAUUCACAGUCAGCUCGGAGAUUUUUCUACCUGAGAUAAAGAACUUCGCAAUAAUAGUUUCGAUGGAGUACUUUUUCUUUGGAUUUUUUAUUAUUCUUUUUAUUUUCAAUCCGCUGGUCAGCGUUGUAGGUUUAUCGGGCGUUUUCUACAUAUUCUCAAUAGUAUGUAUUUUGACGGCGUUAUUCUGCACUUUCUACAUGCCAGAGACGAAAGGACUUAGCGUUGACGCUAUACAGCAUCUCUUUGUCAAACCAAGAUGUCAUCGUAAUAAAGUUUAAAUUUA